GUCCAGUUUCCGACAGUGUGACUCGCGAAGCCUAACUGCUGUGAAUAAGCCGUUUUGGUUUCCUGUUUUAAGUUCUAAAAACUAAUAUUUAGAUCAUUCAAACCAAUUAUCGCCAUACAUAACUGUAUCGAUAACCGAUAUAUUGCAAAUAUCAGUCGAAAUACGUGUUCUACCAGCUUCAGUUCAGUUCUGAAGUUGCAACUCGACGCCAGCGAAGUGUUAGCUCGAACGGCUCUGAAAAGUUUGUUGUUGUCACGUGACGUGAAACGAAUGUGGCGAUAAAGUUUUUGUUUCUUUAUUAAAACGACCAUAGCUACAACAUUUUAACAUUAUCUAUUGAAGUUACUAUUUUAAAACAAUGCCUCAACCAAAAUACAGGAAGAUAGCUGUGAUUGGGUACAGAUCUGUCGGUGAGUGAAAUAAGAAGCUACUUAGCUAGCCUUUGUUUUUGUUUGCAUAGCUACUGUACGGUAUUGCUAGCUAGCAAUAGCGUACUAGCUAUGCAAGAAAAAGGCUAGCUAGCUUCUAGUACCAAAACAGAAUCAAGCACAGAAGAGAAUGCCAUAGCUAUGUAAUUGUGAAUUGGGUAGUGUUUUGAUGUAUAGACGUUGUUCAUGUAUAAACGUUGUAGUUGAUAGCCUUCUACUCACUCACCAUGCCAAAGUUGUGUGCUAACUUUGCCACAACAACUUAAGCUAAGUUCCACGAUGUGUUAACGCGGCCAACUAACGUUGCUAACGUUAGCUCAUAGACCUAGCUAUCUAGAUAUUUGCAAUAUGAAAUAUCUGCAGUCAUAACUAACAUAGCCAAUCACAGUGUAGAAAUGUUGUUCGGAGUCAGGUAACAUUGAGUGUUUUACUUAGCAAAUGGUAUUUUAGUUUUCCUAUGAUUUUGGAAAUUGCUGCUCAUCGGCCACAACAAUUCAAUUUUCCUCUACAGGAAAGUCAUCUCUCACAAUACAGUUCGUGGAAGGACAGUUCGUAGAUUCAUAUGACCCUACCAUUGAAAACAGUAAGUAUAUUUUUUUCGUUUCUCGUUGGAUCAGUUUUGUUAUUCUAUGUUAUUGCACCCAUUAUAAGGUGUCAUUGAGGAUCAAAUAAUAUGCAUGGGUGAAAAGCAAAACAUAUGCUCCAUUUAUGAUCAUGCUAUAUCCAGCAAUUACCACGUGUCCCCCUUAUGUGGCCUGGCUUGGGCUUGACCACUGCCUCUUCACAUAUUUCCAGCCUUCAACAAAACGGUGUCUGUCAACGGUCAAGACUUCAAUCUUCAGUUGGUCGAUACUGCUGGUCAGGUAUGUAUGCUUUACAUUACUCAUCUUCUUUCUUUACCUCUGUUUCUCAGCUCUCUGAAAUAACACAAAAUACAUUUUUAUACCACCUGUUGGGGUCUGGUGAUCAGUGACCGUUUGUGCUGAUGCAACAUGUACAAUUGUUGGGAUAUGAACGAAAAACAACAGCCGAUAUUAUUUUCAGAAGCACUUGUCUGUCUGUAUUUCUUGUGUGUUUCCUCUUUAACCGAUUUCUCCCCUUAUCUCUACAGGACGAGUACUCUAUUUUCCCUCAGUCUCAUUCAAUGGACAUCCACGGUUAUGUCUUGGUCUAUGCAGUAACAUCCAUGAAAAGGUGAGUAGUCAUGGGUACAUUUCAUUCGCGGUUCAUCCUUUGUUCUGGCUCUCUGUUGACCUUGCGACUCUACUGUGUGUAUAGAUAGUUGUAUAUCCAUCAAUGCACACUGGUAACCUGUCUCUUUUUGUCUUUUACUUUUUGCAGUUUUGAAGUUGUUCAGGUUCUUCAUGACAAGCUACUAGAUAUGGUUGGGAAAAUACAGUAAGUUAACCUAAGUUAUAAAAGGUUGGUGAUGCUACUUUUGAUCUGUUUGUGUCUUAAAAAAUUGGUUUUCCAAGUAAAAAAAUAUAAAUUGAUGUGUUUUCUUUUAGGGUGCCAACUGUUCUUGUUGGAAAUAAAAAAGAUCUCCACAUGGAAAGGUAAACCUACUUGAGCUGAAUGAAGGAGGAGAGUAAUAGUGCUCCCACUCACAUGCAUGGCUGGUACAUUAUGUAUAGAACCAUGCCACUACCAUCUGAUUUCAAAAACUGGUAUAUGGUUUCACCUUGGUUACCCAGCCAAGGUUUUGGACCUUGUGACCAUAGAGGUACAUUCAUGCCUAUAAAAAGGUGUGAUUUCAUUACAUCAUGCUCAGUGUGUCCCUCCUCCCCUCAGGGUGAUCAAGCCAGAGGAAGGGAAGAAGCUGGCCCACUCAUGGGGAGCAGCAUUCAUGGAAUCUUCUGCCAAGGAAAACGAGGUACACAACGAUAUCUUCUCUGCAGACAGAGCUACUCAUCCACAUAUUUGUCUAUUCAAAAGCAUGAGAUUAUUUAUUGAUUGUUUUUCUACGUUCAACUCUAUGCAUUGCAGACCGCUGUAGAGGUAUUCAAGCGGAUCAUUCUGGAGAUGGAAAGGGCGGAUGGGAACGUUCCCUCAGAGGAGAAAAAGUGUGCCGUGAUGUAAGAGGGACAGCAGUAAGCUCAUUGGCCGAAGCCAGGAGACACAACAUCACCAGCCUGCCAAUCAUGACCUCCCUAGCACCAAGGAGCCGCAGUCGCAAUGUGGCCACUUAUAAUUCAUGUGUUUUACACAAAGGCAGCCAAUCACACUCAAGGCUGACUAAGGAGAACUCUGACGUGUCACACGAGUUUCACUGUCAGUUUUACUGAAGUCUAUUAAGUUUGGUUGGCAUAAACCAAACCUCAUGAAAAACAAAACAUGGAAAUACCAAAUGUAAGAGCCACAAGCCCAAACUUCACAACAAAAAACAGCUCCCUGAUAAUUACAAUCAAAUAGUUAGCCGUGCAUCAACAGAUGCAGCGGUGACUGGCUAGUGUCCCCAACUCUCACUGGCUAGCUUCACCUUGUACAUAAUAAGGGCUGACCUUGAUGCCUAAAAAACAUGCCUGACUUCUUUUCUCAGGUCAUCUGUAUACUUCAAUGAAUACACCGGCCAUGGCAGAGAGCCACUGUUCACAUUGCUGUUGUAGCAGCGUUGGAAAGUUACUAUAAUUCACAACUGAUUAAUGUCUUGGUUACAGUAUCUUGGAAUUAGUUCUCUUUCACACAAUAUGUGUGUUGCAGAAGUACAUUUCCUAUAGUAUUGGUCUUGGCUAACAUUUUUUCACUGUAAAACUUUCAGCAAGUCAACUUCAGGUUACACUUCACCCUUGAACUGUAAAUCAUGUAUUUUAGAAUACAUUUUUGUUCUUCACUUCUGGUUGGCAGAUUGGUCCUCGCUCCCUUCCUCUAUGAUUUACCAUCUGACAUUAAUAAUGAAGCUGUAAUUAUCCAGUGGACGAGGCCCCCUUGAAUGAUGUUUAGAAGAGAGUGGAAUGGAUCUGUUAUAUUAAAAAAGUUGUGGCCUUUUGAUCCCAGAGCACUAGGAUCCUAGACACAGGUUUGAUAGUGUUGUUAGUUAUAUCCUGAGAUAAUACAAGUGUGUUCAUUUAGCAGCAUAUUGAACAAAAUGUCUGCAUACAAUUAUACUAUAAUUAAGAAUAUUAUGGAGUUGCUGUUUUUGCAUUCACUGAUAAUUUCUUACCACUGUGGACUGUUAACCUUUUCAUGGGGACCACAGGAUCUGCUGGUUUAGUUUGAGUUUUGGGGUUUUGAUUCCAGAAGUGAUGUAGGGCUUGGUCAAGCCAAGCAAGGAUGCCUUAUGACACAUGACUUAUGAAUUUAGUUUUGAGUCAGGGACUCCCAUCGGACACAGUGCUCAACAUAACCUGAUUUGCAUGUCCACUUUAGCCUUACAAACAAAAGAUCAAUUUGAAGUCCAAUGGUUUUUACUCACAUUACUUCCAUUUAUCCAGACAGUCCACCCCCUAGUAUCUAUUAUUGUUUAGAUUUUUUUUUUUAUAGUGCUUCUCUUUGAGUAAGUAGUAGAUUGAUUGAUUGAUGAUGCAGUCUAAGGCUGCGUUUACACAGGCAG